AUGACACUAGCAAAGUACCAGUUCUCUCAAGGAUAUUCGUACGUCUCUGACUUGAGCAAUCCCUCCAUCAAGAGGCCGGGCCCGGGUACCAAGGACCCUGUCAAGGAGAAGAUCUGGUCUAUUUCUUCGACCUACAAGCCCGCUGACAAAACAAGCAUCCAAAAGUCUGUGGUACACCAUGCUGAGCACACUCUUGCUACUGACCGAUACAACUUCGAUGAGCACACGGCCUAUCAGUCUGUUGCUCUUUCCGUCAGAGAUUACUUGGUUGAGUCGUUGCGUGACACCAAGGCUCACUACCUCAAGCAAGACCCCAAGAGGGUUUACUACCUGUCCCUCGAGUUCUUGAUGGGAAGAUCCCUCUUGAACUCGUUGAUGAACCUUGAUCUUCAGAAGCCAUACAAGGAGGCUCUUGAGGAGAUUGGAUUCAAGCUCGAGGAUCUUGUUGAGCAGGAGAAGGAUGCAGCCCUUGGAAACGGAGGUCUCGGUCGUCUUGCUGCUUGCUUCUUGGACUCUAUGGCCACUUUGAACCUUCCCGCUUGGGGCUAUGGAAUUCGUUAUGAACACGGUAUGUUCGAGCAGCGCAUCAAGGAUGGAAUCCAGGUUGAAUACCCCGAUACCUGGCUCACCAAGGGAAAUCCUUGGGAAAUCCAGAGAUUGGAUGUGAAAUACGCUGUCAAUUUCUAUGGGUCGGAGAAAGUCAUGGCUGUGGCCUACGAUGUCCCCAUCCCCGGCUACGACACCCUCAACACCAACUCCUUGAGGCUGUGGUCUGCUAUGCCUGAUCAGGAUAUCGACCUGAGCAAGUUCAAUGAGGGUGACUACAACGCUGCCCUUGCCGCUCGUCAGCGUGCUCUCGAAAUCACCCAAGUUCUCUAUCCCAAUGACAACAACUACGCUGGAAAGGAGCUUCGUUUGAAGCAGCAGUACUUCUUUGUGUCAGCUACCCUUCAGGAUGUUUUGCAAACCUUUGUGGCUGCCAAGCCUGGAAGAAGCUGGGAGGAGCUUCCUGAGAAGGUUGCCAUCCAGUUGAACGACACCCAUCCAUCCAUCGGUGUUGCUGAGUUGAUGCGACUUCUGAUGGACAAUUUCAAGCUUGGAUGGACUCUCGCCUGGUCCAUUGUUUGCAAAGUGUUUGCCUACACCAAUCACACUGUUCUUCCUGAAGCUCUCGAGAAGUGGCCUGUCACCCUCAUGCAGAAUCUCCUUCCACGUAUCACUGAGAUCAUUUUUGAGAUCAACCGCCGAUGGAUCAACGAGGUCCGUGAGGUCUUCGGUGAUGAUGGCAACAUGAUCUCCAAGCUCUCCGUCAUCGAAGGCGAUGGAGAGUACAAGAUGAUCCGCAUGGCUCAUCUCGCCAUCAUCGGAUCUCAGAAGGUCAAUGGUGUUGCUGCCAUUCACGCCGAGAUCGUCAAAUCCGAUGUCUUCCCUCAAUUCGUUGAGUACUACAAGCGCAAGGGAAUCAAUGACAAGUUCAUCGGAAUCACCAAUGGUGUGACCUGCCGUCGCUGGAUGGCACAGUGCAACCCUGCCCUGUCAACCGUAAUCACCAAGUGCCUCGGCAGCGACAAGUGGGUUCGCGAUCUCAGCCUUCUCGAUGGGCUCAAGAAGUUCGCAAAUGACGACAAGGUUCUCGAUGAAGUCAUGGCUGCCAAGCUGGAGAACAAGAAGCGCCUUGCUGCUUAUGUGAAGGAGCAUCUUGACGUUGAUGUUGACACCAACACCCUCUUCGACAUUCAAGUCAAGCGCAUCCAUGAGUACAAGAGGCAGCUCUUGAACGUUCUUGGAAUCAUCCACCGCUACUCCGAGCUCAAGAAGAUGAGCCCUGCGCAGAGGCAGAAUGUUCAGGCCCGUACCUGCUUCAUUGGCGGAAAGGCUGCUGCCGGAUAUUUCAUUGCAAAGAAGAUCAUCGCCCUUGCCAACGCUGUUGGACGUGUCAUCAACUCUGAUCCGGACACCAAUCAGUACUUGAAGCUCGUAUUUAUCCCCAACUACAAGGUUGGAAAUGCACAGAUCAUCAUCCCAGCCAACGACAUCUCCGAGCACAUCUCCACUGCCGGUACCGAGGCUUCAGGAACCUCCAACAUGAAGUUUGUGAUGAAUGGAGGUAUCAUCAUCGGCACUGAUGACGGUGCCAACAUCGAGAUCAAGGAGAACGUCGGAGAGGAGAACAUCUUCAUCUUUGGAGCUAAGUGUCACGAGAUUGCUGAUGCUACCCGGCGCAUGAUUGAGGGAGCCCCUUGGGACCACCGCCUCGUCAAUGUCGUGAACAUGAUCCGCUCUGGCCACUUCGGCAACCCUGUCGAUUUUGAGCCUGUGCUUAACAGCAUUGAGAAGGGACGUGAUCGUUAUCUCCUUGCUCACGACUUCCCCGCCUACAUCGAUUGCCAGGAGAAGGUCGAUGCUGCUUACAAGGACAAGAAGUCCUGGGCUCGCAAGUGCCUCAACGCUGUUUCAGGGAUGGGAUUCUUCUCUACUGAUCGUACCAUCGAUGAGUACGCCACCAAGAUCUGGAACUGCAAGCCAUGCCCUCGUCCUGAUCCUCGUGCAUGA